GAAAGCUUGACGCGCCUGCCAGCUCUGCACGGCCCGAGCGCAGGAGUGGGAGGCGGCACCUGCACCGACAAUCACACACACUCCCUCAUAGUUGUUAGCUGUUUGUUCUGGUCGGAGGAAGACAUCAAGGCGCCGCAGAAAAAAAAAUGGAAAAUGAAAGCAAGAGGAAGAUGAAGGAGAGAUUUGGCCUGAGGCGGGACAUCUUUAAGGAGUUCCUGGCGGAAUUUCUCGGGAUAUUUGUCCUGAUACUCUUUGGAUGUGGUUCAGUGGCCCAGACGGUGCUGAGUAAAGGGGCUCUCGGGGAGCCCCUAACAAUCCAUGUUGGUUUCACUCUGGGAGUCAUGAUGGCUGUCUACAUUGCAGGAGGAGUGUCAGGAGCCCACGUGAACCCUGCAGUCUCUCUGGCCAUGGUAAUCCUGGGGAAGCUUCCUCUGAAGAAGUUUCCUGUGUAUGUGGUGGCACAAUUCCUGGGGGCUUUUGUUGGAUCCUGUGCUGUCUAUGGGUUGUAUUAUGAUGCUUUGAUGGAAUAUACUAAUGGAGAAUUUGCUGUUACUGGUGCAAAUGCUACAGCCAACAUAUUUGCAUCCUAUCCUGCUAAACAUCUUUCUGUCUUAAAUGGGUUUGUUGAUCAGGUAAUUGCAACUGCUGCGCUGAUCCUGUGUAUCCUGGCCAUCACUGACAAGAAGAAUAUUGGUGCUCCAAAAGGCAUGGAGCCUCUGUGCAUCGGCCUGAUCAUCAUGGCCAUUGGAGUGUCUAUGGGUCUGAACUGCGGCUAUCCAAUCAACCCGGCACGAGACCUUGGCCCAAGGUUCUUCACGGCUGUGGCCGGGUGGGGGAUGGACGUAUUUAGAGCUGGAAGUUGCUGGUGGUGGAUUCCUGUGGCAGGGCCCAUGGUGGGUGGAGCAGUAGGAGCGGGCAUUUACUUCCUGUUCAUUGAGUUGCACCACCAAGAGCCUGAAAAACAGGAGGAGAACAACGUCCAGGACAAGUAUGAAAUGAUAACUAUGAGUUAAGAUUUAGAACAAGGGUUGCAGAGCGAAGCAACAAUGCAGCUGAUUUUUCACCCUCAGAAGGCAAAAAGGUUCAUUUAACUAAGCCGUUUUAUACAUUUAUACAAUGCAAGUUCUGAAAAAAUUCACAUUUUAUGCAUCUGACUACACAAUUUCAUAGUAAUUUCUAAAAUAUGCACAAAUGUUUUAUCUGCCUCAAAUAUUAAAAUUGCUUGACGAACAUAUUCUCUCUAGACACAAAGCUUUUCCAUUAAUUCCAUGACAUCUACAAUGCAGAGUUCCCUCUGCAUUGUAGCUAUGCAGUACUUUAUAGUAUCCUUUUCCUAACUGGGAUCUUCUUCUCUGGUUAGAAAUAUUUGCCAAGUUUCUGUACAGCAUUUUUAUUUCUACUACUGUCUACCAAACAAACAGGAGCAUUGAGGAAACAGUUGGUUUAAUGUGAACAUGUAGAAAUAUAUAUUACUUUUAGCCAAUGUCUUACAGAAAUGAUGUGUUUGGUGGAGUGACUUCCUUAAUUAGUUUCACUUCAUCCAUUGCAUGUGUGUAAAACAGGUGUAAUUGAUUGCUUUAUCUUGCUUACAGUGUUAGUUUUUAUAAGAGUUUUAUGUAGAAAUCCAGCCUUAAAUGAUUUUACUGGCUUUGCUUACUUUUCACUCAUCUCAAUAAUUUUAAUUUAUAAGACUUGUGUUAUAUGGCUGGAUUACAGAUUUACUCUAUGCAGACACCUUUAAUAUUGAAAAGCCAUAUGCUUUUGAAGCUUUUGCAAAUGUCACUGAAAUCCUCGAAGAACUGUGUCAGGUUACAUGCUGUAUCUAUCAGGGGCAAUAUGUAAACACUGACUGUAACUACAUUAAAAACUCUUCUGAGCUAAGAUCAAAUGUGUAAUAAGCACUUAUUUUGGGGUGGAUUUGGUUUGGUUCCAAUAACAAUGGAACAAUUCUGCUUGGAAACGUAUAUUUAUUAAUUGUGUUUUUGUGAUUCAUAAUGUCAUGUAUCCUGUGAGCACAGAAAUGUGAAUUUGCAAAGACAAACCCAAUGUCAACAGGCCAUGUUACAGAAUAUUAUGACUUGUAACCCAUCCUAAAAGACAAAAGGAUGCUCAUAGACCUAUGCUGAUGUUAGUGUUCAGUCAGUUGAACAGUCUUUUGUACAUACUAAUUGUGAGAUUACAUUGCACUGCA